ACGCGACGUUUCACCUUAUAGCUAAAGUUAAGGAUCAGAUAACGGUGAUCUAUUCAUUGGUUAGGUUUUCCUUUUCAUCGUCGUUUGAAUGGAGCGGUGUCCAGAGGGAGGGACGCGGUGUGUUGUGCGGACGGGACUCUGCGCCGGGACCAGGACCUGAUAGAAAGUCCCAGCUCAUCGAUUUCAAAUCACGUGCUUCCGUUAUUGACGAAAUCCACCGUUUACACGAACUGAGACUCUUGAGCCGCGGCAGUCAUGGCUAAAAACCCGCCCGACGGACCGAAGGAAGAACUGAGCCAGCUGACGGACGAGGAGAUGCUGCGGUGCAGCAAAGAGGAGCUGGCGCGGAGAUUAAGGAGAGUGGACGGCGAGAAAAUGAACUUGAUGAUCGAGCACGGCAACAUGAUGAAAGACAUCAACCGGCGGCUGCAGGUGCACCUGCACGAAAUCCGCAGCCUGAAGGAGGUCAACCAGAAGCUGCAGGACGACAACCACGAGCUCCGUGAGCUCUGCUGCUUCCUGGACGACGACCGGCAGAAGGGCAAGAAGCUCUCCCGCGAGUGGCAACGCUUCGGCCGUUACACUGCCAGUGCCAUGUGGAAGGAGGUGGGCACCUACAUGAUGAAGCUGAAGGAGCUGGAGGCCAACCAGGAGACCGUCCUGAGAGAGAACUCUGAGCUCAAGGAGAUCAUCCUCAUGCUGGAUGAGGAGAGGAACGGAGCAGGGUCCAGGAGCUCCAUAGACAGUCAGUCCAGUUUGACCAACCUGAACGGUGGCACGGGCACGGUCAGGGAUGUUGGGGACGGGAGUAGCACGUCCAGUGCGGGCAGUGCUGGGAGCCCCGAUCACCACAACCACAUACACAAGCCCGCUUCCGAGAACAGUAAGUUGGGCACCACCAUGAGGAGGUCCAUGGACGACCUGUCAGCACCGCACCAUCACAGGAGCAUCCCGAAUGGACUUAAUGAUUCCUCCUCCAACUACAUCAGGCAACUGGAGACUAAAGUGCGGAUUCUCGAGGAUGAUAACAAUAAGCUUCUCUCACAGGCUUAUAGCCGGUAUAGUUUAUCACAGAUACAGACGGAAAAGCAGUGUAACCCAGGUGACCUUCGUGCCCUGAGGAAGGGAAUGACCCUCUAUCACUCAGAGUCCCAGCUGUCCUCACUGCCCCAACGCCAGGACGCCAUGCACAUGGGUACUGGCCGUCUCCCAACCAGCGAGUCCUCUCCUGCCACAGGCUACCUGUCCUGCGUACAGAAGCCUGAAGCCGUGGUGCACGCCAUGAAGGUGCUGGAGGUCCAUGAGAACUUGGACAAGCAGGUUCCUGAGGACUAUGAGGACGAUCUCAGUGAGAAAGAGAAGGCCAUUGUGCGAGAGAUGUGCAAUGUGGUGUGGAGAAAGCUGGGUGAUGCAGCAGGAUCAAAGCUGUCCAUCAGACAGCACCUCUCUGGGAACCAGUUCAAAGGGCCGCUGUAGCAUGGCAACCAGAGAGAGAGAGAGAGAGAGAGAGGGGAGAGAGAGACACUCACCUGAAAACACCUCUUACUACCUGCGCCUACACAACCCAUCAUGCCGUGCUCCUCAGUAUUCCUUCGACACACACUCUCUUAUUACGGGCUAAGAAAGCUCCUAAAUGGACCUGUUAGUCUGUUAUUCACAUGCAAAACUCUACGUGUAUAACAUAUUGUUAUCUCUCAGCGGUUUUGAAGCGUUGGCAGCUAGUUUCCCUUAUUCGCCACUUUUCUUCGUUGAUGUGGAGGCUUUCAGCUACACAAUGAUCUCUCUCUGUGAAAGCUAUAAUCACACACCAGCUUUAGUUCUUUGGAGCGUAGCUGUGCUAUAUUAAGCUAACUAUAUAACAUGGUUUCAAGCACAGACCCGAUAAGGCCGAUGGGCAAAAAAUCUCUCCACGUUGCUGGUGAAUAUGAAGGCAAAAUGAUGGCGGUAUCUUCAGAUAAGUUUUGAUAGUACCACCUAUAGAGACCCUAGCUCCUGUCACAUGUACCCCCCCCCUAGUGCUCAACGAGUAUAACUAGCAUUAGCAUUCUAAGGCGAUAACUAAUGUGAAACCCACUGUGACCUAGCGCCUUUUGCUCAUAAGACAAGUCUAUGGAUAAUUAAGUCUAGAGAUCACUGUUAACUUGUGUAUAUUAUGUAUAAAACCAUAGCACUACUUCAUUGUUAUAGUUGAUUUUGCUUUCAUCUAUUUUGUAUUCUAGCGUGGCCAUGUGAUCAAUUACUUAGUUUGAAAAGCACACACUAACAGACCUUACACUAGGGUUUGCUUUGGGUAAAAAAAAAAAAAAAAAAAAAAGGAAGAACGAAAAUCAUAAUUUUUUUUUUUUUUUCAAUUUCUUUCCAGAUGAACUGCUAUUAUUCCUUCUCUCUGUAACCUCUGGAAAUGUAACAAGGCCAUUCUAAAUCAAACCAUCUCCAUGGGCUAAUGGAUAGAUCAUUUUCUUACUUUGUGGAACUGACUAAAAUUGUAUGCUGUGUGCAUGCUCGACAAUCAUUUUCUCAGGUUGAGAGGGCUACAGCUUUACCUUCGCCCAUCUGUGACUGCGCGCGUGUGUGUGUGUGUGUGUGUGGGUGUGUAUAUGUGUGUAAGGAGACUGAAUGGUUCUCUUGCAGCUGUAGCAUCUACCUGUGAAUCCUCUUUUUCUCUAUUGAACCCUUGUCACAACUCGGUUAAAGACUGCUGAAGGCAUUUGCUGAAUCAAUACAAAAAUGUCAAGGUCAAAUAUUAAACCUAAAGUUCAGUUAAUAUGGCACUUUUGGAUGCUCCUAAUUCCUUGUUUAUCAUUUUUUUUACCUCAGUAGAUGAAAAAGGUUACUUUUCUUAAGCUCAGUUCUUUUCUGUGGAUUCAGCAGGUGUGUUCAUGCGGCGCAUGUUUCUUAAAGUUGAAUCUUUUUUCUUAGAAUAUGAAGUCUUCCCUUAUGUCUCCUGAAAACACUAACAUUUAAAACGAGUAUUUCUUGAUGUCAAAAUGAACAAACAUUGUUUGUCAGAGUAUUUAUUGCCAGGUGUCAGAUAGAGAUGGGAGAGCCAUCAGGUACUGACCAGUCUUAAUUUGGAUUGAUCAUGUUACUCAAACUGUGCAGUUAUUUGAUAGAUUCGUUUAGUGACUGACAGCUCAGGCUCUCCCAUCUCUAGUGUUAUUUGUUCCAAAUAAGAACAUUUCUGAGGCUGCCCAACACGCACCUCUGUUCUCUCAAACAAUGGGGUCAAAAAUAAAUCAAAGUACAUUUUUUUUAAAAGUGUCCUUUUUUAUAGGAACUGAUUUGAAGCCAUGAUGCAAUUUUGAAUACUUUAUAAAUGGCAUUUGAUUUUAAAUAUGCCACUUUUUUUCAGCAAGGUGUUUUGAUUUGGUACCCAACGGUCUUUUCUGCCUAGAUGCUAAAACAUCAGUACAGAAUCCUAGAAUCUACAGUGUAAAUGUCAAACCUGUAGUAAUUAGCAUUGCUGUAACUUCUUUUCAAGACUUUCAUGGAUCAGAUGAAUAUUCUGAAGGUGAAAAGACAACAUGAAAUAGGCCACUUUUAGAAAAAAAAUCGGGACAAAAUAAAUA